GCAGCAUCCAUGCAAGAGAACACAUCUUCAUCAGAGAGGAAGGAGACAACUACACCUUCACCCCCCCCAAGACCACCACCUCCUGCCUGAUCUCCAGGUCUGUUGGUGGGGAGAACCUGGUCCUGUGGAACACCUCUGACCUCUGGUCCAACCAGUCCUCAGUACCUGGACCCCUGAAACAACGACUGGUCAGCGAUGUGGAGACUUCUUCUUACAGGAUCCUCAACCUGACCCAGUCCGACUCCGGCCCGUACCGAGAGGAGUGCUGGACCGAGGGCACCGUAACCCAUGGCAACAACAUCACUAUUAUGGUUUGUUCUUCAGUAGAUGGGAGAAGAAUCACAGCGAGACUCGGAGAAACAGUGGACCUGCCAUGUUGGGGACCAGCUGGUCAUCUGGACGUCCAGUGGUUCAAACAGGACUCUGGAUAUGAGCAACGGACAUGGAGCAGUGUUUUUGGGGACAAGACGACAUCAGAGAUGGACGAUGUUAGAGGAAGAUACCAAGUGGGGACAAACUCAGAUCUUCGUGUUUCCAACGUCACGGCAACAGACUUUAGAGACUACAGAUGUCUGGUGAUGGACCAGCAGCGGUGUGUCAGCGGUCGGACUGUAGGGUUGACACCAUCGUAUGAGAGGAUCUACGGCUCAGUGGGGGAGACCGCCGUGUUGCCGUGCACCGUCGCUGACUCCACUGAUGAACAGCCCCCCCGCUGGUCUAACAGGAUCUCCUCUGACCCAGGACUCCUGAACCAGACUGAUCCUUCAGUAGACCAGAACUACUCGCUGGUGUUUUCGUCUCUGAUGUUAAAUCACUCAGGUCGGUACUACUGUAAAGUCUCUAGGAGAGAGCAACAGUAUGAUCUGGUGGUGUGUCCCCCAUUCGGCCCCCCCGCUGUAGAGCUCUUCUCAGAGGGAGAUGAUGUCACUCUCAGGUGCCCAGGUAGGGAGAGGGGGUGGCAUCGUUGGUUUAUCAAGUCAGACCGAACAGAGGGAAGAGUCUUUACUGUAAGGCCUGAUCAGAGCAUGAGCAGAGUGAGCUCAGAGUAUGCUAAUGGUAACCUGGUUAUCUCUAAUGUCUCAGUGGGGGACGCGGGGGGGUACUGGUGUGUAGUUUAUAACCCAUAUGAUGACCAGUGCAUGUCCACAGAGAGGACGGUGGUGGUCUACAUGGAGCCCUUUGGGAUCUACUCCACCUUCUUCAAAGUGAGAUGCUCAGUGCUCAGCGUCCUGCUGCUGAUGCUCUUCAAGGAACACAGCCCCAACAACCCCGCCUUUAUCCAGUGA